GCAUUUAUUCUCAAUUACUUUAACAUUGGGCUUUCGAAAUACUGCAAUUUAAAUUGAAAAUAAAUGAAAAAUGGUUUUAUGGUCUAUGUUCUCUAUGUUCUAUGCUGUCUGCCAUAGUGGCAUAAUGAUAAACAAAUAAAGACUGGAAGUCGCCGUUAAAUAUUCAUUCCCCUUGAUAAUAUUCCAUCGUCGACAUGCAGCAGCAGUACUGGGUAACUAAAAAAAGCGUUUUGCGUAAACUAGGCGGCAAAGAAGAUGAAUGUAUAGUCUCCUCUGAUGCGGAACUGGACGCGAAAUUGGAACUGUUCAAGUCCGUUAACGAUAGCUGCGUUCAGCUUCAACGGGUAAUAGAUUUGUACCAAGAAAGACUGUGUUAUUUGGCCCAAGAGGAAAACACAUUAGGCAGAUACCUGAAGGAGUGUGGCAAGAAUGAAAAGAAUGCUAGUGCUGGUCAAAUAAUGGCAACAGCUGGAAAAGCUUUGGCAUAUGUCGGACAUCAGAGGCUGACGGUUAGACCACCUUUAGUGAGGUUACACCAUGAAGUGGAGACGUUUAGAGCGCAAGCCGUUUCAGACACCAGGCUUACAGUAACUGAAAUGGAAAAAGCCAGAACAGAGUAUAGGGCAGCCUUAAGCUGGAUUAAAUCGGCAUCCGCUCAGUUAGAUCCCGACACAGGUCAUGGUUUGGAUCGUUUUAGGAAAGCUCAGUCUUAUGUGAAAACUUCCAAAGUUAAAUUUGACCGUUACACACUCGCCUGUUUGCAAAAAGUCGAUUUGCUAGCUGCAGCAAGAUGCAACAUGUUCUCCCAUGCUCUGGUCUCUUACCAGAAUGCGUUGCAGCUGUUUGCCAGCAAAUCUUCUGAAAUUUUAACUACUGCAGCUGGAAAACUGAAUAAAGUAGAGCCAUAUGAAUUUAACAUUGUGUCUGAAUUGGCUCAUACUUCUGACCAGGACAAGGAUAAAAAUACAUUCUUCAAUGCAGAAUAUUCUGACAAAACAGACGAAAUAUCCGCCAAAGGGGAUUCCGAGAUUCAGGAAGCCACAAUAGACAUGCCCGAUGGAGAAGUCUCAACUUUAUUGGGAGAAGAUUUCCUUCCAACCUCAUCUCUGGAAUCCAAUCCUGCAAAUGACUUUGACGAAUCAAAACCUAGCUCCGCCCUCUUGGACCUGAAUUGGUCUCCAGUCUCUGAUUUUUUGGGAAAUAGCAGUUUCAUGCCGUCGUCUUUGAUAGAACAGGGUUCUUUCAAGUUUUCAGAAGUGAACAAAGAUAUUACAGAUAAGCAAGAAAGCAACCAAAAACCAAACAAAACGAAAACCGACAGUCAGGUGUCAUGGCUGAGCCUGUUUGCAGAGCUGGAUCCUCUGGCCAGUGGGGUUAUGGAUAAUAAUGUGACAGGAGAUAGGGCUUAAAUUUAAUAUUGAUACAUUCCCGUUUACUACCAAAGAUUAAUUUUAUAAGAUAUAAAAAUAAAACUUAUUUCUUUCUAGUCAGCAAAUUACAUUUUUCUUGUUUUUGUGCUUGUGCAACGAUUAUAAAUGGGUAACAAAUUAAAUAACUUGCUGUAUUAUUUGAAAAUAGAUCGCUGCAUCAAAAUGCAAACCCUGAUAAGUUUAAGUAAAACUAGGUAAACAGAAAAUUAUGCAUAUCGGGGGCAAUAACCUUAAGCCCGGGUAGACAGGAGCCAAUUU